GUCAUCAAACGGCGACCCUGUUGUGUCAACACAGACCGAAGCUAACGGGCGACGAGUGAAGUUAGAACUGCCACUCCUCUCUCCCACUUCAACGUUGUGUUUGGCUCUGCGGAACUGAAUGAGGUGCAGCUUUCUGCCAGACAGAGCCGUUUCAUAAGUGCUGCUGCUGCUGCCAGGAUGGGCCAGCAGCUCUCAGGUCAGGCGGUGAUGACCCGUCUGCCUGAGAAGCUGGUGAAACACGCCGGGUUGGUGCGUGACAGCGGCUACCUGACCUACGAGGAGUUUCUGGCGAGGGUGUCCGAACUUAACGACGUUACGGCCAAGCUAGCUACUGGACAGCAGAAGCACCUGCUGUUUGAGGUGCAGCCAGGAUCCGAUGCCACGGCCUUGUGGAAGGUGGCUGUCAGAGUCCUCUGCACCAAGAUCAACAAAGAGAUCGGCACGAUGGAGGCGUCGCGCAUCAUGAACCUGUACCAGUUCAUCCAGCUGUACCGAGACAUCACCAGCCAGGCCGCUGAGGUGCUGUCUGCAGAGGGCGCCACCGAGGGCUCGUCCGCCCAGCUGCCCUCCACCGACUCCUGCCAGGCCAGCAUGUGGAUGGGCAGAGUGAAGCAGCUGACCGACGAGGAGGAGUGCUGCAUCUGCAUGGACGGAAAGGCCGACCUCAUUCUGCCCUGCGCUCACAGCUUCUGCCAGAAGUGCAUCGAUAAAUGGAGCGGGCAGAGCCGGAACUGUCCCAUAUGCCGCCUGCAGGUGACCGCUGCCAACGACUCGUGGGUAAUGUCUGAUUUCCCCACGGAGGACGACAUCGCCGGCUACAUCCUCAACCUGGCGGACGAGGCGGGGCACCCACACAGGCCUUAACACACACACACGCACACACACACACACACACACACACACACACACACACACAAGCACAUAGAGCCCAUUGUGUGACCCAGAGGAGGCCGAACAGCACCAAGUAGACGUGACAUGUCGCAACACUAAAUGCCACUUUUUCACACUCACGCAAAACAAAAAAAAGCUAACGAUGCAGAAGAAAACCAGCAGGGUUUCCUCCUCCUUUUGUCUCUUUUGUCUCUUUUUAAGUCCUUUAAAAACAAAUCCCAGGAGGCUCUUUGUAACCCAAGUAUUGUAGAUGUGGAGCUUUAUGGGAAAUGUGUGUGAUAAUACGUUGUCUGUAUUUCUAGUAUGUUUAUAAUAAAUCAUAAUCUAUUCAUUUAACACACAGAUUUACCAAAGGUACAGUGAUUUCUGGGUUAAUCUCAACCCCACUGGGUGAGGAGGACUUGUGUGUUGGGAAUGAGGCACUUUAUGAUAUGAAAAUGUUUCAUGUUGAUGUGACGGGACAAAGGAGGCCAAAGCGAGGUCAGCCUCUCGUAUUCAGAGCGGGUCGGUGGCUUCGACUCGGAUACUCAUAGUCGAGAAAUUCCAAUAAAUAAUAGUUUUGAAAAAUGUGCCGAUUCACUUUUCUUUGGGAUCGUUGGAUGAGAAGAUCGUUGGAAGUUUGCAUCGAUCGUCUCGUCGAACUCUCCGUCAGAAAGUGAAUUUUGGUUCCCCUAAAAUGUAGAAUAUUUGCAAAUCAUCUGAUUUCUGGUCAGACUGUAAAAAGCUUUAUAAACUUUAUUUUCCAGGCGUGACGCCGUUCUGUGGUCAGUUGAACAUCGCCCUGCAUGUUUAUAUCCCACAUGACACGUGCCUUAUGCGCACCUGUCAUGAACUGACAUGGAGGCUGAUUCUGGUCUUUUGUGUGUGUGUGUGUGUGUACAGAACUAAAUAGUUUUAUAUGAUUUUUGCCAUCACUUUAUUAAGUUUAUUUUAAUCUGCUUGCUGUAGCAGUACUGUAGUUUACAUAACCCAGUCUUGUCUUCGCCUGUGAUCGAAGACAACUGAUUUAUUGAGUAUUUCUGACCUGGUUUCAUAACAUAAAAUCAUAUGCAGCACCUUUUAGUUAAGAGAACGGUGUUUCAGAAAAUGUGAAACUGUAUUGGCCUUCAUUUGCAUUAAAAACGAUGCAUUUAUAUUUUACUUAAUUCUAAAUUUAUAGUUACAGUUGUGAAAAUAUGGAAUGCUAAUUCUGCAUUUUGUUGUGUAUUCACUAAGGUAAUCAGUUUCACAUUUGACGAUAUUUAUAUUUAACAGAUUUUUUCCCAAAUAUGAGACGAUAACCUCAACUAUUUCAACACUUACGUGUUAUGAGCUUUUUAAAUAAAUUUGCAGAGUAGGCGUUUCCUUAAUAAAAAAAAUAAAAUAAAAAUAUAUAUAUAUAUAUAUAUAUAUAUAUAUAUAUAUAUAUAUAUAUAUAUAUAUAUAUAUAUAUAAUGUAUAUGUAUAUGUGAGUUCUCUUCAUUUAACAGACCAUAAACAUGUGAAAUGUAAGCACUUUGAAACGUCACUGUAGCUUUCUCUGUGUUUGUGCACUGAGACAACAGAUGAUUUAAUCUCUGGGGUGAAAAAUAUGAUCUGACCCUGUCAUCCUUUACAGAAGUACAACAAUAUGCAGCAGUAGGAGACGUUCUUCUUGCUUACUGCGUGGUCCAAUGUUCAAAAUGUAUAAACAAAGUUGUAAGAAUGAUAUAAAUGCUCAAUUUCCAAAGUAGAUUACUGUAAAAACAUUUGAUCCUACAGACAUGCAUUGUAUGUGAAUUUGCUGAAUGGAAGGAGGUGUAUUCAAAUUUAACUCGUACUGUGUUGUAUUAUCCUUAAUAAAGAGAUACUCACUUUUUGCA